ACUCCUUGGAAACCCUAUGGGGCAGUUCUAUCCUGUCUUACAGGGUUGCUAUGAGUCAGAACUGACUUGAUUGCAACAGGUUUGAUUUCUGGGUUUUUAUAUUCGUUUCAGCAUCCCCUUUGUUUGAAAGCAGUUGCUAUUCAAAUAUUAAUUCUAAAUGAAAUAAUUAAGUUCAUGAAAUAUAGGCAAUGUUCUGGAGAAAUUUUUACCACUAAAUAACUUGGAGGUUCUUGAAAUUUAAUAGGAAAAAGCAGAUGGGCUCCAGUAAUUUUCUGUUUAAAUGAACUAUAUGCCUUUGGCAACUCCUUUUAAAAAUUAUGAUGAAAAACUGUGUGCGGGUCAUUUAAGUGACUUCAAACUGAGGGGAAGAAUAACCACGGCUGAAUCAGACAUUGUUCAGCAUUUUCUUUAAUAAUACUACUCUUGUAGAGGUGUUGAAUUUUUGUUCACUCAGGUGUGGGGGCAUGAGAAUCCACGCUUAUGCUAUCUGUUAACUUUCCACUGCUGAUGUAAAAAAUUACUGCAAUCUCAGUGGCUUAAGACAAUACAAAUUUAUUAGCAUAUAGUCCUGUAGGUAGGAAGUCUGAUUUGGGUCUUACAGGGCUAAAAUCAAGGUAUCAGCAGGGACUCAUUCCUUUUUGGAGACUCUGGGAAAGAAUCUAUUUCUUCGCUGUUUCCAGCUUCUAGAGGCUGUCAACAUUCCUUGGCUCAUGGCCGCUUCCUUCCAUCUUCAAAGUCAGCAGUGUUGCACCUCUCUGUUCAUUCUUCCAGUCACAUCUUCCUCUGACCACAGCCAGGAAAGUUCUCCACUUUUUUGGUCCCAUAUGAUUAAAUGGACCCACUUGGAUAAUUAAUAUCCCCAUCUCAAGGUCUUUAACUUAAUCAUACCUGCAAUUUUCUUUUUGCCAUGUAAGGUAACAUAUUCACAGGUUCUGGAGAUUAGGAUAUGGACACCUUUGGAGGCCAUGAUUCUGCUUACCAAUAAGUUGGCUUGUUGGAAGAGAAUUAUCCAGUCUCCUAGUACCUCCUGUGUCCAAAGGGGGCACGCGAAGGUCUUUAUACCAUGGACAUAGGCCUCAUUGAUUAGGUACUUUCACCCCAGAUAAGGUAAUUAACAAACUUCUAAAAAUUAUUAACAAUAACAAUGACUUGUUAAAGAUAUCAUAAAUCUUUACUACCAUUCAAGUCAAAUUAUGGAAAUGCCUGAACAAAACCCAAAAGCAUGGUGGCCCAAUCUUGAGAUCUACCUAUUUGGGAACUAAUUUUUCAGUAAUUUGGGAAAACUCACAGUUCUUAAGCUUAAGUGGCAGAAAGAGGAGGAAAUAAUCAACUCUUUUAAAAAAGUAUUGGUCAAAUACUGUCUUCGGAACUGCCACCGGUUGCAAACUUAGUGUCCACUCAUGUAGUAUGUUCCAUGAAAAAUAUGUAGUUGUGAAACUGUUCUUGUUACUUCAGAACCAUUUUGCUCCUAUAUUUUUCUCAGCUUAGUGUUAAUUAUUUUAUUUAAUCGCCAACACCUCAACAACAUUAACCAGUCAAUAAAAUGAGAGAUCAUUUGUUUUUGUAUUUCUCCCUGUGAAAUAACACAGAGCCCUAUCUGAACACAUAAACACGACAUGAAAACAGAACUCGGCGUUUUGUAUUACAGAACACAGUUUAUAUCACCUAUUCAGUACAUUCAGGAGAAUUUUGUUUUCGGCAUUAAACCAAAAAAUGUAAAACGCAGUGAGAACACACGGUGGCGCUGCAGGUUAAGAUGAUGGAAAGCGGACUUGCCUACGCAGCCCCAUUACGCAGCCCAACACCCGACCAGAAGCAAAAGCUUUCUCCACCAGAGUAAAAGUGGAUGUGGACCUCCUUAAAGAUCCGUUUAGCGGCAUAUUCUGACCAUCCGGACUGCAGGACCCUGCUACCGGAAUCCUGGCCUUACAAGAAGCUCCUGUGAGGCGGAUUUUCAGGAAAGAGCAAUGGAGAUUGGAUGGAUGCGCAAUCAGAGACAAAGGCAAGUCCUAAUUUUCUUUGUUUUGCUCAGGUUGUCUGGGGCGGGCGCCCAAUUGGGGCCUUAUUCAGUGGUGGAAGAAACAGAGAGAGGCUUCUUUGUGGCAAAUCUAGGGAAAGACCUGGGGGUUGGAUUGACUGUGCUGUCUACGCGUGGGGCCCGGAUCAUUUCCCAGGGGAACAAAGAGCACCUGCAGCUGAAGGUUCAGACUGGGGAUUUGCUCAUAAAUGAGAAACUAGACAGAGAGGAGCUAUGCGGUCCCCUUGAUCCUUGUGUACUACAUUUCCAAGUGUUAAUGGAAAAACCCCUAGAGAUUUUUCAGGCUGAACUGAGAGUGAGAGACAUAAAUGACCAUUCUCCUGUAUUCACUGAAAGAGAAAUGGUUCUAAAAAUACUGGAAAACAGUCCUCUGGGGAGUGCGUUCCCUCUGAAGAAUGCUCUGGACUUGGAUGUAGGAAGCAACAAUGUUCAGAAAUAUGAAAUCAGCCCCAACUCCCAUUUCCGGGUUCUAACCAGCAAUCGCAGCGAUGGCAGGAAAUACCCUGAGCUGGUGCUGGACAAGGAGCUGGAUCGGGAGGAGGGGCCUGAAUUCAGAUUAACCCUCACGGCACUGGAUGGCGGCUCCCCACCCAGGUCUGGGACCACUCAGGUCCGCGUCGAAGUGGUGGACAUAAACGACAACGCCCCUGAGUUUGAGCAGGCUCUCUACAAGGUGCAGAUUCCCGAGGACAGCCCCACAGGAUCCCUGGUUGUCACCGUCUCUGCCAGGGAUUUAGACAGCGGAGUCAAUGGAAAAGUAUCAUACACACUGUUUCAGCCUUCGGAAGAUACUAGCAAAAUUUUGGAGGUUAAUCCUACCACUGGAGAAAUUCAACUGACAACACAAGUAGAUUAUGAAACAACUCGGUCUUACGAAGUGGAUAUCGAGGCUACCGAUGGGGGAGGUCUUUCAGGAAAAUGUACACUUCUCCUGCGGGUGGUGGAUGUGAAUGAUAACGCCCCAGAAGUGACCGUGUCUGCGCUCACCAGCCCCAUCCCUGAGAACUCGCCAGAGACUGUAGUUGCUGUUUUCAGUGUUUCCGAUCCUGACUCUGGGGACAACGGCAAGACGGUUUCCUCCAUCCAGGAUGACCUUCCCUUUCUUCUGAAACCUUCAGUCAAGAACUUCUACACUCUGGUAACCAAGGGAGCACUAGACAGAGAAGCAAAGGCUGAGUACAAUAUCACCAUCACUUUCACAGAUUUGGGAACUCCCAGGCUGAAAACCAAGUGCAACAUAAUGGUGCUGGUUUCCGACGUCAAUGACAACGCUCCAACUUUCACACAAACCUCCUACACCCUGUUCAUCCGCGAGAACAACAGCCCCGCCCUGCACAUGGGCAGCGUCAGCGCCACAGACAGAGACUCAGGCUCCAACGCCCAAGUCACCUACUCACUGCUGCCGCCCCAGGACCCGCACCUCCCCCUCGCCUCCUUGGUCUCCAUCAACGCGGACAACGGGCACCUCUUCGCUCUCAGGUCGCUGGAUUACGAGGCCCUGCGAGCCUUCGAGUUCCGCGUGGGCGCGAUAGACGCAGGUUCCCCCGCGCUGAGCAGUGAGGCGCUGGUGCGUGUGGAGGUCGUGGACGAAAACGACAACUCGCCCUUCGUGCUCUACCCGCUGCAGAACGACUCUGCGCCCUGCACGGAGCUGGUGCCCAGGGCGGCUGAGGCGGGCUCCCUGGUGACCAAGGUGGUGGCGGUGGACAGCGACUCGGGUCAGAACGCCUGGCUGUCCUACCAGCUACUCAAGGCCACUGAGCCCGGGCUGUUCAGCGUGUGGGCGCACAAUGGCGAGGUGCGCACAGCCAGGCUGCUGAGCGAGCGCGAUGCCGCCAAGCACAGACUCAUCGUGCUGGUCAAGGACAAUGGCGAGCCACCAAUGUCGGCCAGCGUCACGCUGCACGUGCUCCUGGUGGAUGGGUUCUCACAGCCCUACCUGCCGCUCCCAGAUGUGGACCCAGAUGAGGCCCAGGCUGACUCUCUCACUAUCUACUUGGUCAUUGCGUUGGCGUCGGUCUCUUCUCUCUUCUUGUUCUCCGUGCUCUUGUUCGUCGGGGUGCGGCUGUGCAGGAGGAACAGGGCCGCCUCAGUGGGUCGCUGCUCAGUGCCUGAGGGCCACUUUCCAGGCCACUUUGUGGACGUCAGCGGCACCGGGACCCUGUCCCAUAGCUACCAGUAUGAGGUGUGUCUGACAGGAGGUUCUGGGACCAGUGAGUUCAAGUUUCUUAAGCCGAUUAUGCCUGACUUUCCUCCCCAGGGCACCACCAGUGAAAUCAAGGAAAGCCACACUUUCCGGAAUAGCUUUGGAUUUAAUUAUUGAUGGGAACACAUCUAAUAAAGACAUUUAUUUCUUUAACAUUUUCUUAAUUAGCUAAAUUGUUUAUGUCCACCACCAAUAAGAUGUUAUUUAAUUUUCCCUACUUUAUUUAUCCUCAAUUUCCAACCUUAUGCUGAAAGUUUUCCCUUUCCUCACAUUUUAAUCCAAUGAGGUGUUUCUCCCUAGAAUCCUAAUGAUUGAAAUAAUCUUUAUUGUCAAAGUUGAUAUCAUUUAAAUUUUUUCUUCCACUUUAUAUAUAUCUUUAUUUGACUUUGUUUUCAUUGUCUCUACAUUACUCAUGUUAGUUCUCCUUUUCCUAAAACAUCUUCAAUUUU